AAGAGAGAAGGAGAAGAUAAUGGUAAACGGCAACAGAGCAGAAGCGGAUCGUUGGCUGGUAACCUCAGAGAAGCUUCUCGCCUCCAACGACCUCCUAGGCGCCAAAACCUUCGCGAUCCGCGCCUGCGAAUCCGACCCGACCCGCGCCGAAGCCGCCGACUACAUCCUCGCCAUCUGCGACAUCCUCAUCGCCGCAUCCCUCCCCUCGACCAACUCGAACCUCCCCGACUGGUACUCCGUCCUCCGACUCGGUCAGUUGACUCAGAGCCCCGACCACAUCGCGACUCAGUACCGAAGGCUCGCUCUCCUCCUCAAUCCCUCCGUCAACCGCCUCCCCUUCGCCGACAAGGCGUUCGCACUCGUCUCCGACGCCUGGAACGUCCUCUCCGAUCCGGCGAGAAAAUCCUCGUACGAUCGCGAGCUCCGACUGAGUCAACUCGGUGGAGUGAGUCAACUCGGUGGAGUGAGCCAACUCGGUCGAGUGAGUCAACUCGGUGGAGUGAGUCAACUCGGUGGAGUGAGUCAACUCGGUGGGAGUGAGUCAACGGAAGCGAGUUUCUGGACGGCGUGUCCUUACUGUUUUGUGCUGUUUGAGUAUCCGAAGGGAUACGAGGAGUGUGUGUUGAAGUGUCAAGAUUGUAAAAGAGCUUUCCAAGCUGUGAGGAUUCAGAAACCUCCUGCUGUUAUUGAAGGAGAAGGAGAUGAUGUUUACUUCUGUUCAUGGAGUGUGUUUCCAUUAGGAUUCUCCGGGGAGUAUCAAGCUCCGGCGAAGAGCUGGUCACCGAUAUCGCCUCUCUUUGCUUGCUCUAUGCAAACAAAGAAGAAGAGGAAAGAGCCUGCUUCUCCGAGAAUCAUUUACGAUGAUGAUGAUGUUUACGUGGCCAUCUCGGACCAGGAUGAUGAGGUACAAGUUAAAAAGAAUAAUGUGGAUGGUGGGAAAGGGAAAGAGCCAGUAAGUAACAAGAAACAAGGAGGUGUUGGUUCCUCAUCUGAUGGUACUACUACUAGUAGAAAAGGAAUGGGGAGUGGAGGUAAGAAUGUAGGGAGGUGGAUAAUAUUAUUGAAGGGAUUGGUUUCUUUGAGGGUCUUGAUGAGUUUUUGAUGAGUAUGCCUAUACUCUCUGUUGUUGGUGAUGAUAAGAUCAAGGCUACUUAGUUAAGUUAAGACUUCUUUUUUUCUUCUUCUUUUGUUUUUAGGUUCGCGGUGUUCAGUUCAUGUGGUUGUUGGUAGGCCUUAGCCUUAAUGCCAUUUGGUUCCUUGGAAUCCAUGUUGAUGUAUAUGGCAAAAUUUUCAGACCUUUUCUCUCGUUAUGGUACAUAAUCUUUUGCAUUGUGACCAGGAACAUGCUUUAUUUUGAUUGUGAUGAGCUUCUGAGUUCUGAGCUAGGCAUUAAGAUUGAUUUUCAGGAUUAGAGGAUAUAACAUGAUUACUGAUACUGUUUUAUGGUAAAAGAGUUACUUAGCCUGCUUUUGCUUAGGCUUGUUUUAGUUCUCUUCAAUCAAAAAAGCUACAUUGGUUUCCUCAAUUUUUGUAUAAAUGCCUCGGGGAUACAUCUUAUUUCUG